UGUCGUUGCCGGUAAAGGACACCUCUCCGUUUCUCUGUUAGUACAGUUUCAACUUCGUUGCGUUUACGGCUGCAUCCGAUGCAAUGGCACUAGUAGAGGAUGGAAACGCGCAUCUCAGGCGAAGGAAGCGAGAGGGAGAAGAGGACAACGAUGAUGUGGGCGAGAAGAGGAACAAACCUGAACCCAGCCGGUUGGAGUCUUGUUUGGAUCAACCCAUGGAUUCAAACAGCGUCCAUGAAGUCAUCAAGUACACACCCCCACCGCUACCAGCCAAACAUUACGAUGCCGAUACCACCGAACCAAUCAGCUGCGCUCUUCAGACUUUGGAUGAGCUGCUGUCAUGGAAAAAAAGCGAGGCGAGCCCGUUUAACGUGGCAGCGGUCCCUCUGGCAUCCCGGGAGCCUCCUCUGGCCAGCUGUCCACGUCGGACGUUGGUGUCUCAUGACAUGAUGGGCGGCUACCUCGAUGACAGGUUCAUCCAGGGGACACACUCAGAAGCUCCCUACGCCUUCUACCACUGGCAGUACAUUGAUAUUUUCAACUACUUCUCACACAACCUGGUGACGAUUCCUCCCGCCGUGUGGACCAGUGCUGCACAUAAACACGGAGUUCUCGUUAUCGGGACUUUCAUCACAGAGUGGGCGGAUGGAGCCAAGGCGUGUGAGGCCUUCCUGAAAGAGGAGGAGUCGUAUCGGGCGGUAGCUGAUAAACUAGUCCAGAUCAGCCACUAUUACGGCUUCGAUGGAUGGCUCAUCAACAUAGAGAAUGCCCUCAGUGAGGUCGCGGUGAAGAACACGCCUUUGUUCCUGCGCUACCUGACAGACCAGAUGCACGAGCGGGUCUCCGGCAGCCAGGUGCUGUGGUACGACAGCGUGACCGAGAGCGGACAGCUAAGCUGGCAGAAUGAGCUCAACCAGUCCAACAGGGUGUUUUUCGAUGCCUGUGACGGUUUCUUCACCAACUACAACUGGGCCGAGGAGAACCUGGAGUGGAUGAAGGACUACAGCGGGAUCCAAGGCCGCCAGGCUGAUGUCUACAUCGGGAUAGACGUGUUUGCCCGAGGCAAGGUUGUAGGAGGAAUGUUUGAAACAAAUAAGGCAGUGGAAAUCAUUCGGAAGCACAACUUCUCUGCAGCCAUCUUUGCUCCAGGCUGGGUGUACGAGGCCCACAGCGAUAAGACCGAAUUCCCCAAGAAUCAGGACAUGUUCUGGGCUCUUCUGUCAGACUACCUGUACAUCCACCGGCCAGCCUCGCCUCUUCCCUUCAUCUCCUCCUUCUGCCAGGGCUUUGGGAAGGCCUUCUACUGGAGAGGAAAGCAUGAGACGGGGAGGAGCUGGUUCAACCUGACUGCCCAGGAGAUCCAGCCCUUGUACUACCGUACGGAGCUGGAGGGCCAGGGCUGGCUGAGGAGCCGGGGCUGCUCGGAGGACGCCUGGAAUGGAGGCUGCUCGCUGCUGCUCGAUGGCCUCAUCCCUGUCACUCACACGGAUCCACUCCGUGCCAAAAUCUUCUCCCUCCAUGUACCCCUGGCAUCCAAGACCCUGGUCACUCUCAUCUAUAAGCCAUCUGCUGGGAUCACAGUCUCCCUGGAGGUGAAGACAACAGAUUCCAGUCCAUGCACACACGUGGACAUCCAGGAUGACAAACUCACCAGCGUGUGUCCUGAGGUGUUAGAUGAGGGGCAUGAGUUGAUGAGGCAGUUCUCUCAGCUUUAUGGAGACUUGAGUCCAGAUGGUUGGACUGUCAGCUGUUCGCUGUUGGAGCUUCAGGGCUGUGCUAUGAGAGAAGUUGGUGUCAGCAUCCAGCGGAAUGGGGAGCCUCAGGACACAGCUUUCAGCUGCAGGGUGGGAGAGAUCAUGCUCCUGGAUGUAGCCGGUCUGCAGCCCCCCCCUGAGCUGGUUCAGGGCCUGUGCAUCUAUGACGUGGUUUGGCUGCGUGGUGCUGGGACCGUGCCCGAGUCCACCUCUCCCUGCCUGCACCUCAACGCCACUCUGCGCUGGGACUACCCGACCAAGCUCGUACGCCACUUCAGGGUGUACUGGCGACAGCUGAGAGGGGCCCCGGGUCAGCUGGUCCUGGUGGGACGGGCGUAUUCUAAUCUUUUUCGGGUGACGGAGCUGGCAGUGCCCGAGCCCCCGGGUUUACUGGAGCUGGUGGUGGAGCCAGUGGUCAGGAAGGGCUUCCCAGUCCCAGAGAGCCACUGGGGAAGAAGAAGCCUCAGCUACACGGAAGACGUCACACAGUGACUUUAGAUGAAUGUUACCAAGCUGCUGCUUCUUGACUCUUUUAUAAAAGGUGCUGCAAACAUCACUCUGAUGUAAAACUCAACAUUUCCAAGUUAAAGCGCUUCAACAGCUGGCAAAUUUUCCUCCUCCUCACUUCUUAUUUGCUUUUGGCUCAAACAGUCAGGAGGACGGUUUUCGAGGCCCCUGUGACGACUGUUGACAGCAUAGCUGACUGUCCUGCGCUACCUAUCUGCUCAGCUACUUUUAUAUCUGAAGGUCAAAUUUUAGACUUGUGAAGAGAAGGUGAAGCGGGAGUAUUGACCAAACGACAUGAUGCACGUGAUGUAAAUCUGCUUGAAUCGUUCUGUGUCUUUCUUUGUUUCACUGACUUUAACCGAUCACGUUUUCCUUUAACAAAAAAAAAAAUCCCAACUCAGCACCCACUGACUUGAUUUUUCUUGAGCUUUCAGCCAUAUCACACUCCUUUCAUCGGGACUAUAGAUGGAAUCAUUGCACUGUCUACAUAUUCAUGCAAGACUCUUAUCCUUUGAUUGAAGAAUGUAUAAUAUGGCUGAAAGCUCCAGAAUUGUAACUGGAUCUCAUUUUCUUUCUUUUCAAGAGUUAAAUGAAAGUACUGAUACUUUACAUGUCUUGUCUAUACAGUUCAUAUAAAGCUACAGCCAGGAAACAGCUAGCUUGGCUCCGCCCAGAGGUGAGAAAACGUGCCUUCCAGCACCUCUAAAGCUCACCAAUCAACACGUUAUAUCAUGUUUGUACAAGCAAGUGUUGGUUAUGUGCUGGAUUUUUUCCUUGGCUUGGGCGCUGGAGCCUCUGCUGGUUUCCUGGCAACCUCACAACAACUACAACAAUACUCCAGGACAUGACGUUACUAUACGUAUACAUGUCAGCACAGAUUAUACUAGAGAACAUCAUGUGAUGGGAUCACACCAGCAGUGACGCACGUCAACAUGUUGAUGGUCUGACCCAUAAGAGCUCGGUUGUUAUCCCAUCACACCGUGGUCUGUAGUUUUACCUCAUUUUUUAUAGUGGACAGGAAUGAAACUGUGACACACUGAUCCGUGACCGAAUUCAUACUGUAUGUCCAGAGCAAAAAACAAAAUAUAUACAUUUCAUGAUAUAAACAUCAGCCAGUGUUUCUUUCUUCUUAUUCAAAUCAUUCAGUGUGGAUUUAUCAGAAAGCGAUAACCUUAAUUGGCUAAAACAAUAUGUCAGUUAAUUAGCCUGAUAUGGUUGAGUUGUUUUGAUUUAGCAAACACUAGCCAUCACAAUUAUGAUGGAACAUUAAGCGUAUAAGGUUAUAAACAUAUUAUCUGAGCAGCCUCCACCCCCCAACCUCAACCCCCCACACACUUUCACCUUUCUCACCCCUGAUGAGUUUGCAGCCUUCUUGAAACUGUCCCAGAGAAGAGAGAGAAGAAGCCAGUGUUUACAAAAAAAAAAAAAGACACAUUUAGUCUUUAUUGGGUUUAU